AGGAACUAUACAAUCAUCGUACAACGUCGGCAACACGUCCGCGGCAGUGGCGGGACAUCGUUAUCUUAUUAUUUAUUUUUUCUUAUCAGCCGCCGAUUAUUGUCAUAGUCAUCGUCGUCGUGCGAACAGCGUGUGGCGGCGGCGGUCUCUGAUUUGUAUCGCAAUCUCACCACAUAGCGUCCAACGCGCAACGGCGCAACAUUUCGCUCGUUAUUCCGUAUCGCCGCGUUAACUCUGUUGUACCCGCAGCGGCAAUCGAACCACGACCGCGGACUUGAGUCGAUUUCUUUUUUAGUCUCUUUCGAUUCUUCCGCUCCUUCCUCUCGCCGUCCAGUUUGCACGCCGUUUGUCGGACGAUCAUCGGAGGCAGUCCACGCGGAAACACUAAUUUUUGAUGGGCGAUUCCCGUCCGAUGAUGUGGUUGAUAUUUAACAAUUAAUUAUCCAUCGCCAGUGCGAUCGUACACUAACCUACUACGGUAGAAGUACUCCGCCUUACGACAUUCGCAUAGCGUUCGAGUGUCAUAACAACAUAAAAUUAUCAUUCGCUGUGUACAAAAUAUAAGUGCAGUUCCAAUGGACAUUCAGUUCAAUAGUUAUGAGUACCAUAUGAUUAGGAAGUUUACUUCCAUGUGUUAUGGUAGUAAAUGUAAUCUUAUUGACAGGAUCAAAAUACGCAACAAGAUUAGUGUUUGGCAUGAAAUAUUGACAUACUUAUUAUCACCUGAUGGCAUCCUCAAAAUUUAUAAGGUUGAAUGUAUACCGGGUGAAAAUAAUGACCUCGGGACAUCUGACUCGCUACCAAAUUAUGUGAUAAAACGAAAAUUAAAAGCUGUGAUACGAGGUAAUGAGGGGCAUAUGGUGAGCUCAAAUGUUCCAUUGAAUUUAGGUUAUCUAUUACUAGAUGAUCCACGUUACAUAGAAAAAACUAUAGAAAAUUAUCCAUUACGCUUACUGACAUUCUUGAAAAAUGAAUUAAACCAGUAUCGCAGAUCAUUAAAUAUUCCUUAUUCCACACCAUUAUCAAGGUAUCUACAAAGAUAUAAUAUUGUUGAAAUGUAUUUGGACAAUAUUUUAGAAAGUAUAGAUGACAGCAAGCUUCCAUUUGAGAUUUUUCAAUGUCAGAAUGUUAAAAUCUUAUCUCUCAAACACAAUCACUUACGUCAAAUACCAAGUGCGAUUGGUCGACUAACAAAGCUUGAAGUGCUUAUACUGACUGACAACUUAUUAACUGUACAAUCAAUUCCUUUUACUCUAAAGUUUUGUGUUAAUCUGAAGGAACUAUAUGUUGAUGAUAACCAACUUGAAGCAUUACCUGGAUUUUUAACAAGCAUGAAUCAUUUAGAAUUAGUUUAUAGACUGGGUAAUCGUAAUUACUUCAAGUCGUUUUUUUUGUGGUAUCACACUGAUUAUGAUCAUAGAGCUCGUAAAGAAAUAUGGAAAAACUAUUGGAUAAGAGGGGAAACAGGUUCAAAACAAGCUGUUUCAUCUCUUUUAGACAUUUGUGUUGAACAAAUAUUUUCAAGUGGGAUUAAUUUUUUUAAUGAAGAAAUCCCUGAAUCCUUAAAACAUUAUAUGUCUUUGACUUACCUUAAUUAUAAUAUAUGUAACUUCUGUAAUGUUGCAACUGACUGUUCAAAACCAGGUUAUAGUACGGUAACAUUUCUAACUCCUUAUCUAGGAAAUACCUGUGUUCCAUUUCAACAUUGGGCAUGUUCAAAAGAGUGUGUUCUUGCUAUUGAAGGACCUGCGAAAAAGUUACAGCUUGAAGGAGCAGAGAGGCUGGAUCAUGAAUAUUCUCAUUACAUAGCAACUUCCAACAAAACUGCUGAAAAGUCUAAUAAGAAACUAAAACGUAAUCGAUGUUGUAUAAGUUAAAUUCUUUAAUUAUUCAACAUGUUCAUAAAUAACAAAUAUGCACUUUGUUAAUCAUUUGUAUGAGACUGAUUUAUAUUUUUAAUAUUUUAAUUGUGAU